GUUUGGGGGAAAAGGAUCUGCCCAGGGGUCACCUGAAGGAAUGGGGUUCGGAUAGGAAGGACCCGAGCGGCUCUGACGGGGGACCCAGGGAUGGGAUGAGGCCUGGGAUCCUGGUCUUCCUGCAGCGGGGAUUCUGACCCACUCCCGGGACUGCAGUGAGACUUCGCCCCGUUCGCUGCCUUCCUCCUGCCAUUCGCAGGACAGAGUCCUGGCCAGAUCUCUGUCCUCAAUUUUCUUUUCAGGUUCUGUGGGAUUAAGCUGUGGGGGACAGGCUUGGCCAUGGACCCGCUCUCGGAGUUGCAGGAUGACCUGACCUUAGAUGACACCAGCCAGGCUCUGAAUCAGCUGAAGCUGGCCUCCAUCGAUGAGAAGAACUGGCCCUCAGAUGAGAUGCCUGACUUUCCCAAGUCAGAUGACUCCAAAAGCAGUUCCCCAGAACCCGUCACACACCUGAAGUGGGACGACCCUUACUAUGACAUCGCCCGGCAUCAGAUAGUGGAGGUGGCAGGAGAUGACAAGUAUGGGCGGAAGAUUAUUGUGUUUAGUGCCUGUCGAAUGCCUCCUAGCCACCAGCUGGACCACAGCAAACUCCUGGGGUACCUGAAGCACACCCUGGAUCAGUACGUGGAGAGUGACUACACGCUGCUCUACCUGCACCACGGCCUGACCAGCGACAACAAACCCUCCCUCAGCUGGCUCCGGGAUGCCUACCGGGAGUUUGACCGCAAGUACAAGAAGAACAUCAAGGCCCUGUACAUCGUGCACCCCACCAUGUUCAUCAAGACCCUGCUCAUCCUCUUUAAACCCCUCAUUAGCUUCAAGUUUGGGCGGAAGAUCUUCUACGUAAAUUACCUGAGUGAGCUGAGCGAGCACGUGAAGCUGGAACAACUGGGGAUCCCUCGCCAAGUGCUCAAGUAUGACGACUUCCUCAAAUCCACACAGAAGAGCCCGGCAACCGCGCCCAAGCCCCUGCCACCACGGCCCCCUCUGCCCAACCAGCAGUUUGGGGUCUCGUUGCAGCACCUCCAGGAGAAGAGCCCAGAGCAGGAGCCUAUUCCAAUCGUGCUCCGGGAGACCAUUGCCUACUUACAAGCCCACGCUCUCACCACCGAGGGAAUUUUCCGGAGGUCAGCCAACACCCAAAUUGUACGGGAAGUGCAGCAGAAGUACAACAUGGGGCUGCCCGUGGACUUUGACCAGUACAAUGAGUUGCACCUGCCUGCAGUCAUCCUCAAGACUUUCCUCCGGGAGCUUCCCGAGCCCCUGCUCACCUUCGAUCUCUACUCCCAUGUUGUUGGCUUCCUCAACAUUGAUGAAAGCCAGAGAGUGGAGGUGACACUGCAGGUCCUCCGGACACUGCCUGAGGAGAACUACCAGGUGCUUCGUUUCCUGACGGCCUUCCUGGUCCAGAUUUCUGCCCACUGUGACCAGAACAAGAUGACCAAUACCAACCUGGCUGUGGUCUUUGGCCCUAACCUGCUAUGGGCCAAGGAUGCCGCCAUCACCCUCAAGGCCAUUAACCCCAUCAACACCUUCACCAAGUUUCUGCUGGAUCAUCAAGGGGAAUUGUUCCCCAGCCCUGACCCAAGGGGGCUCUGAGCCCGGCCCCUGCCCCACCAGCCCCUUCUCUUGACAGUUUCAGUUUGGACUUUUCCUCCUGGCAUCAGCCUUACAGGAGCCUGGGGCUCCUGCCCAGGAAGGGGCCACAAAGCCCCCCAGGAGGUAGAACCUGGAGCCAGCCAAACUGGUAGCUCCUCCUCCCCCUUCUGUCCAGCCCUCCUCAUGGUCCUGGAGGCCUCGCUGUUAUUAGAGACAUUUUUCUUCGCCUUAUACUUCUCACUGCCUCUCUGGAGCCCCAGCUCCUGCUGGGCUUUCUAGAGCUGGGCUUGGCCUUUCCAGCUGGAAAAGGACUGAACCCCAGCAUCCCCUCUCCUGCUUUCUCCGACUCCCAUUUCCCCAGCAACUGUAGAUGACAAAAUCACUGCCAGCUGGGUUGGUGGUUGGGGCUGGUCCUUCCUGUUUGCUGGAGAAUGAAAGGCUGAGCUCCUUGGCUUGAGCCUGGCCAUGCUGAGGCUCUUCCCUGUCUGGGUUGGUUGUCUGGCCCAUUAGAAGCCUUGCAGUGUGAAGGCCUGGAUGCAAGCAGCCUGCUCGUGUCCUCCCCCUCUGACAGUUUAGCCUUGAGUAUUUCCACAGCCAAGGAAUGACAAGGCUGGUGUCUGCUUCCUAUUUCUGCCUCUUUCCUUUCCUCACACCUUGGGUCAGCCUUUCCCAAAUGGUACUGCCCCCAAGGGUUCUCAAUGCCCUGGUUCUCCCAGGACUGGCAGCUUGGGUGACAGGGCUCAGAGGGAACCUCAGCCAGUCCCAACAUCCAUUCUAAAUAAAUAGACACCCCACUCCCACCCCUGAGAGUCACCUAGCUUCUGGUCUGAUCAGUGACAAGCAGUCCCACACCCCUCCCUGUCUUGCUUCCCUUCCCACCUGGUCCGAUCCUCAACCUACAGGCUCAGGUGGACCUGUCUGUACAGUCAGACUGGUUCCUGCUCUGGCCAGAGGUGGCUCAGUGCCUCAGGAGCUGUGGUGGCCCCAUCCAGCAGGUGGCAUCCUGGCGGGGUUGGGGUGGAGGCCGAAUGCCACAAGAGGGGUGCAGGAGACUUCAUUAACAGAGCAACCCCCCAGAGCACAGGAUCCCAGGGCCCUGUUGUCUUUCAGAAAACCAGGACCCCAAUCAUGAUUAAUCAUGAUUAGUAGCUCUCAUUCCAGCUCCAUUCCUUAGGAUUAUACUCCUCCCUGGUGAACUCUGGGGGCUUCCCACCUUCACCCUUUCCUGCAACCUUGUUACCCAGCAGCAGGAAAGUACCUGCACAGUGGCACUGCCUUCACAGCCUUGGCCAGGGCAGCCCUGGAGCCCAUACCAUGGGGAUCCCCACUGAGCAGCUGGGCCCAUCUGCAAGACCUCUCUGAGCUCUCACCCCAGGGCCCUGGAUGCUGCUGGUUCUAUCAGUCUCUGUGUUUCUAGCUGUGCCUGGAUCUCUGCUUUCUGCUCUCUCUGCAUAUCAAGUAUCUCAGCCCCAUUUACUGGGGAGCCUUUUGGACCUAUUUGGUCUUUCAACCCUGUCCCCUGCCCCAUCAGUCAGUAGUACCUGGGGGCACUUGUAUUGUAAAUCAAGUGUUCACAUUCACACUUAAUGACUUCCUUGGCACCAAUCAUGUAUUUCACCGUUUGCACUUUUUGUAUUUCAAUAAAAAUGGAGAUGGAAAACUGCC